UGCACACCAAUCGCAACAAAUUCAAAUCCAAUACUCCUUCAAAAUGUUGGUCGCUAAUAAGAAGAAAAGCUUUUUGAUGAAACUUCUGAAAUUUGUUGGAAGAGGAAAUCAAGUACAAUCUUCCAAAUCUUGCCUCGCCCAGAUCUACGAGCAAAGAAAAAAGCAAAGACAACGGUCGUCAAUCAACUCUCAAUUCUCCCAUAUCGAGCCAAUGCCAACGAUUUUGGAAGAAGAUGAAUUCUCGAUGGCAGCCGAAUGCCGUUGAUUGUCUACUUAUCCCAUUGUAGCUGUACACCCGAAUCUCAUACAACAAUCCACAGGGUCCUCAUCGUUUGACCCGAACCUCGCUCACUGUGUCUAGUCAUAGGAGGACUAUACUUCCUCCGCACUUGGAACCAUCUCUCUCUCUCUCAAUCCCAACGGGUGUCUCAAUACGAGUAGUAGCAACGGGAAUCUUCAUUCCAAAUUCACCUUCAUUUCAUCAAUUGUCGUUUCUUUAUUCUAUAUUCUUUCUGCUGAUUUGAUUUGAAGGACUGGAACUGUCAGAAAGAAAAUGAAUUGUUUUAAAUUG